UCUCAAGUUGCAGCGCAAGUUCGCUGGUGGCCGGCGGCGGGGCGGGCGCCCGCAGACUCGUCGCCUCGGCCAGCCGGGCCCCCCGGGGUGCAUGGGCGCGGGCCCGGGGUCUCAGGGGCCUGGCCGCUUGUGCGCCCCGCGCCAUGGAGGGCGCCGAGCCCCGUGCGCGGCCCGAGCGCCUGGCCGAGGCCGAGGGGCGCACGGCCGACGGCGGGCGCCUGGUGGAGGUGCAGCUGAACGGCGGCGCCCCGUGGGGCUUCACCCUGAAGGGCGGCCGCGAGCACGGCGAGCCGCUGGUCAUCACCAAGGUUGAAGAAGGAAGCAAAGCUGCAGCGGCGGACAAGUUACUGGCGGGAGACGAGAUCGUGGGCAUCAAUGACAUCGGCCUCUCGGGGUUCAGACAGGAAGCGAUUUGCCUGGUGAAGGGGUCCCACAAGACCCUGAAGCUGGUGGUAAAAAGGAGGAACGAGCUGAGCUGGAGGCCCCACUCCUGGCACGCCACCAAGUUCUCCGACAGCCACCCCGAGACGCCCACCUGCCAGCUGCCCUCCGCCGGCGCCUGCCCGUCCUGGCACGGCCGACAUCACGCCAGCGCCUCCUCCCAGGACCUGUCGGGUGUGUGGGAGCCGACGAGCCUGCAGCGCACCUCGGACCACUUCAGCUCUCUGGGCAGCGUGGACAGCCUGGACCAGCCCUCCCAGCCCUCCCCCUCCGGCCGCCUCUCGGCCGCCAAGUCCAGCGGCAGCAUCGACCACCUGGGCGGCCCGAGCAAGCGGGACUCGGCGUACGGCUCAUUCUGCACCAGCUCCAGCACGCCCGACCACACCCUGCCCAAGGCCGAUGCCUCCUCCACGGACAACAUCCUCUACAAAGUGGGCCUGUGGGAGGCGUCGCGGCCAGGUGGCCGGCAGGACCCCCAGGGCCUAGAGGAGAGGCCCGGAGGCUUCCCCGCUAGGGGCGCCCAGGACAGCAGCAGGAGCCCCCGGCCAGAGGACGCGCCCGAGCCCAAGCUGGCCACGUCGGGGCGGUCCAGCUUUGGGCCCAUCUGGCACGUUCCCGAUAAGAAGAGGGCACCUCCUUCCCCCCCGCCGCCGCCGCCCCCUCUGCGCAGUGACAGCUUCGCCGCCACCAAGAGCCACGAGAAGGCCCAGGGUCCUCCAUUCCCCGAGGCGGCCACCGCGCAGCACUUUCCUGGCCUGAGCCGGGCUCAGUCCCAGGGCGACUGGAGGGCAGAGCCUGCCGAUCCGCAGCGGAAGCUGGCACGCCCUGGUGAGCGGAGGCGGCCGGAGAGCUCGGGCUGUGCUGCGGACGCCCCCCUGGACUGCGGGUGGCCGUCCAACCCUGGCGCCCCCAGCCGGCUCCACGCCUCUCUGUCCAGCACCGACGUGCGUUUUCCGCCGUCUGCCCACGCGUGCCAGCACCCGCGCCAGUGCAGCGACGAGAGUCCCUUCCUCCACGAGGGCCUCAGGGCCACUGUGGUGCCCAGGGGGCAGCCGCGUGGCACCCUCGCUGGGGCCCCGCAGGAGCCCCCCGCCCACAGCUUCCAGGACGCCAGCCCCACCCCGGCCAGGCAGCCCAGUGCUGCCGACCGGAAGGGGGACAGCGCUGGGCAGAGCCACCACCACUCCGUGGCCACCAGACAGGGCCCCCAGGGAGGCGCACAGGCGGCUAAGCCCCGGGACGGCUCCUGGCGCUGCAGCUCGCCUCUGGGGGCCCAUGCUCGUCCUGCCACACACGCGGCGGGCCAGAAGCCACGCUGUCACCCCCCUCAGCACCAGGAGUCCCUGGACGCCCACAAGGGGGAGCGGGGCGACCCAGGGGACAGAGGAGUGGAGGAGCAGAGAGCCCGCCACGGCGACAGAGCCGGCGUGCAGAGAGUCGCCGCCGGGGAGAGCGGCCAGAUCUCGGCCCACGGGACGCCCCUGCUGCACUCGCUGACCCGGGAGGGGCCCCGGCCCGAGGGCGGCCUGGAGGGCGGCAGGGAGAGGCCAGCGCCCUUCGAUGCCCAGGUGGGCAAAGCCGCCCGGCGGAGCGACCGCUUCUCCACCACCCUCCGCAACGAGAUCCAGCUGCGGCGCGCCCGGCUGCAGAAGAGCCAGAGCUCCGUGGCGCUGGCGGCGCCCGAGGCCGCUGGGGAGGCCGGCAGCUGGCGGGGGGCUCUGGGGGGGCCUGCCCCGGGAGCUCCAUUGCUGGGCACCUACAAGGACCACCUGAAGGAGGCCCAGGCCCGCGUCCUGCGGGCCACGUCAUUUAAGCGCCGCGACUUGGACCCCAGCCCAGCGGACCGUUACGCCGGGUCCCGGGAACCCAGGGCCGGGGACCACCGCCCAGAUCUCAGUGCCGCCCCCCAGGGGGUGGGCCCGGCCAGGCCACCCUCGUCCGGAGGGGGCCCGUCCCACGUGGCCCGCAUUGGGGGCCGGAAGCGGUUCACGGUGGAGCAGAAACUGAAGUCGUACUCGGAGCCGGAGAAGAUGAACGAGGUGGGGCUCUCGGGGGAUCACCGCCCCCGCCCGCACCCCGAGGACACCGUGGGGACGUUCGCCGACAGGUGGAAGUUUUUCGAGGAGACCAGCAGGCUGGUUCCGCAGAGGCCCAGGUCAAGGCCGGCGCUCCCUGGGGUCCCGAAGGAGAAGCUGGACAGGCCGCGGGCCGCGGGCCUCGGGGACCAGGGCGCCAAGCCUCCGCCCCAGGACAGGGCCCGCACCCCCUCCUUUGGAGAAAACGCCGACGGUCCCAGGAAAGCAGGGAGGACGGGGAAGUCGGAACCGCCCCAGAGGCUCGGGACCUUUGCAGAGUAUCAAGCCUCUUGGAGGAAGCAGAGCAAAGGCCCGGAAGCCAGGGGCUCGGGGAGGUACCACUCGGCCGACGACAUCCUGGACGUGGGCCUGGACCAACAGGAGAGGCUGCAGUAUGUUCACGAGAGGUCACGGUCAUCGCCCUCCACAGACCUCUACAAACAGGAGGCGCCCAUCGAGCCGAGGCGACAAGCGGAGGACCCUGGCGAGCACAGAGAACAUCCCUCCACAGUCCUGGCCGAGGAUGGGGGUCCCGCCCCGAGACAAGCAGAUGCCCAGUGUCCGGAAGACGGUCCAGGAGCACAUCGGGGCCUGCAGCACCCGGCCCAGGGGUCUGAGCCAUCCCACGCCCCGGAAGCCCCAGAGGUGCCCCAGGAGGGCCGAGGCAGGGCAGGGACCCUCCCCCGUGAUUACAGAUACUCCGAGGACCACGCACCUGCCGUCCCACUGCCGCCGCCAGGCCCAGGGUCACAGGCGCAGAGCGGCCUCUCCGCCCCGCACGCCGGGGGGCAGGACCCUCGGCCUGUGAGUGCCGCGCUCGCCAAGAGACCUGCCCCGCAGAGGCCGCCACCGCCCAAGCGGGAGCCCAGGCCUUUCAGGGGACCAGCCAGUGCCACCCCUGUGGGCACCCCUGCGGGCAAUCACCUGGCUGUGCCCAGCAGGCCCCUUCCCCCGCCGCCAUCUCCCGCACACAGCCCCUGUGCCUUGGCGGAGAAGCCAAGCGGUGCCCAGCCCGCAGACGGCCCCAAGGCCCCCGGGGAGCAGGACAGGCAGCGUGUAGAUGAGCACCCAGCCUGUCCGAAGCGAGAAGCCCUGCUGCCUUCCAAGUUCCGGCCCUUGCAGACAUCCGCCAUGGAGACCUCGCGCUCCCCUUCUCCUCAGUUCGCCCCCCAGAAGCUGACGGACAAGCCCCCCCUGCUCAUCCAGGAUGACAGCUCAACAAGAAUCGAGCGGGUGAUCGACAACACCACGGUGAAGAUGGUGCCCAUCAAGAUCGUGCACUCGGAGAGCCAGCCCGAGAGGGAGAGCCGCCAGGGCCUGGCCCGUGCUGCCGAGCCGCCCGCGCUGCCCAGCGGGCUGGAGAGAGACCAGAUCAAGACGCUGAGCACGUCGGAGCAGUCCUACUCCCGCUUCUGCCUGUACAGCCGCCCAGGCACCGAGCCCCAGCCCCGGGCCCAGCCCCCCGCCGCCCCCGACGGCCGGGCCUCCCCACCUGCGCUCAGCUACGGGAAGGCCAGGGAGAGGACCGCCGAGGACCUGAAGUCGGAGGAGCUGGCACGGGAGAUCGUGUGCAAGGACAGGUCCCUGGCGGACAUCCUGGACCCCAGCGUGAAGGUCAGGACCACCAUGGACCUGAUGGAGGGCAUCUUCCCCAAGGAUCAGCAGCUCUUGGAGGAAGCGCAGCAGCGCCGGAAGCUGCUGCCCAAGGUCCCCUCUCCCAGGGCCGCGGAGGACAAGAGAGAGGAGCCCAGCGUGCCUUCAGCCGUGUCCCUGGCCACCAAUUCCGCGUACUACAGCACAUCGGCCCCCAAGGCGGAGCUGCUGAUUAAGAUGAAGGACCUGCAGGAGCAGCAGGAGCCCGAGGAGGACUCGGGGAGUGACCUGGACCACGACCUAUCUGUGAAGAAGCAGGAGCUCAUCGACAGCAUCGGCCGCAAGCUGCAGGUGCUGCGGGGUGCGCGGGAGAGCCUGCUGGAGGACAUCCAGGCCAACAGCGCCCUUGGGGACGAGGUGGAGGCCAUCGUCAAGGACGUGUGCAAGCCGAACGAGUUCGACAAGUUCCGCAUGUUCAUCGGGGACCUGGACAAGGUGGUGAACCUCCUGCUGUCCCUGUCGGGGCGCCUGGCCCGCGUGGAAAACGCCCUCAACAACUUGGAUGACAGCGCUUCUCCUGGCGAUCGGCAAUCGCUGCUGGAGAAGCAGCGGGUCCUCGUUCAGCAGCACGAGGACGCCAAGGAGCUCAAGGAGAACCUGGACCGCCGGGAGCGCGUGGUGUUCGACAUCCUGGCCAGCUACCUGGGCGACGAGAGCCUGGCCGACUACGAGUACUUCGUCAAGAUGAAGUCGGCCCUCAUCAUCGAGCAGCGGGAGCUGGAGGACAAGAUCCACCUGGGCGAGGAGCAGCUCAAGUGCCUGGUGGACAGCCUGCAGCCCGAGAGGAGCAAAUGAGCGGCCUUCUGGGGGUGGAGCCGGCCUGCGCCCCUCCCCCGGCAGCGGGCCCCAGCCUGGAUGGAUGUCCCGUAGUGAGAGCCCUCUCGUAGUGGCGUGGCUGUUAGAAAAGCGAUAACUCGUGUUUGUCUGGGGUGAUGCAUUGGGCGUCUAGUUUCCCUGUGGAUGCUGAGCAGAGCGGCUCUCCGUGGGGUGUUGUCCUUUACAAGGAGCCCCACGGGGCACGGGCCCUGCUGGCUGGCGAGCUUCUGCCACGGAGACCACAGGCUCUGUCCCGUGCUGCACGCGAGGGCCCCUUGGCGGCGGUCGCUCUGGCUCCCUGUGUCUUCCGCUGCCAAACCAGCCGCUUGGGCAGCGCUCAGCGAGUCCCCAGAGUGCACAGGCGGGGCCACCUGGCGCACGUUUUCUCCUUUGAUCCACGAGGGGUGUGGCCUGCCAUGUUUUAUGCGUGUCCGUCCCAUGCUGUUAGCGUUCACUGUCUCAUGUAUUGUGCUCUCUGACCCAGCACAAACCUGUGAUGAUGAUGAAGACGGUGAUAAUUUAUUAACAUAGUAGUUUCCAAGUGGUUAGAAACCAACUGUGAAAUGCAUAGCCUGUGUGUUGGGUCGCUCAUUCUAAAAGCGCCACUUGAGUCGUGUGCAUGCCUUCAAACCCCGCACCAAGCGGACAGCUUCAGUCCGUCCCACCCAGCGGCGCGGGUCAGGCGUGUUCCCGCAACGUGAAACGCCUGGUAAAAGGUGUGUGCGGUAGUCCUGUGCUUGCUAGGUGUUUCCCGAGACCAGUGGAUCGUUCCUAAAUUACUCUCUCCCCAAAGCAUUUGUGUCGUGCCCAUAUGCUCAGUAAUGGUAAUUGGCCACUUUUCUCUUUUUGCCUCUUUCAACCUGUCAGCAUGCCCUAAAGGCCCAUUCCGUUUCCUAAAAGCCCGCCUCCGGACUUCCGGGGGUCCCUCUGCAACUUUGCCACAGAGUUGACGGAUCCCGGGCCCUUUUUAUUGGUUGACAUUGCAAGAUUCUGAAGAGUCUAUUCACUUAAAAAACAAACACUGUCAUGGUGGCAAUUUGCAGUUGACAAGUCAGGCUGGGAGAAAUGGUCUGCAAAUCACAUUUGUGACAAAGGAAUCAUCUCCAGAAUAUAUAAAGAAUUCUGUACAACUCAACCGCAAGAAAACCAACAGCCCAGCUGAAACAGGGGCAAAAGGUUUCACCAAAGAGGACAUAUGCAUGGCAAGUAAGUGUAGGAGAAAGAUGGUCAACCGCCAAUGGCUGGGUGGUAACUUAUUUUUACCUAAAUCACUGUGGAGCCGGUAUGUUUCUUCUCAGAUGCUCAGCUGAUGUAGCGCGUGCUUAAUGGUGGGGAACCCCUUGGAUGAGUUCAUGUCAGGGUAGCAUGGACACUUGUUGGAUGGAGGGGUUAUUUGAAUCCCGUUUCCCCUUAUUCCCUAUACAAGAAGUUUUCCAGCGGGUGGUGAGACCUCUCUGUCAGCAGUGACUGCCACCUAACCAAACCACACACCCACCAGUGUCUUAGGACCACGGUCCACGCUUCCUAAGACAGAGGCGGCGAGCCAGGCUCCCGGGCCGCGGUAGAGGGUCCGCAUGGGCCGCUUCAGGCGCGCAGGCGUCACCGCUCCUUUUGGCCACUUUCCAGGCGUGUUCACUGCUGUUAGUUAAGCUGUGACGUGGGAAUCCUAGCACUUGUGGUGAAAAGUGGCCACGUCAGAGAAGGUCCGGCUGGCUGCUCGCGGACACCCGUGGUCCUCCCUCGGGGGGACCACGGCCAUUCCGUGUGUUUGCUUUUUAAUUUAGACAAAGCUUUUACUUGUGAUGCUUGCCCCUCCGAUACAGUGUUGUGGCCGUUGUGAUGCUAUGUACGUAAAUGUGAAUCUAGAAAGUGUUGUGUCUGUGCCGGCCUUUUGAUGUCUUUGAGGACUUCCUUCUCCGUGGGAAUAUGUAGUGCAAUUCCCCUUUUAGCGAAGCCCCUGUGCCCACACCGUCCUGUCCAGUCCCCGCCUGCCUCUUCAGUGUCUGCUUGGCGGGACCCAAAGAUCCAGUAGUCCGUGUACAUACCUUUGUAUAUAGUGACAUCAGGGCAGAUAAUAACAGUCUGGUGCUAACGUCUGCCCUCUGCGCGGGUGGUGGCUGUUCCGGACGCUCUGGGAAGCUCAGCCGUGGAAUCCCCUGAAUCGCGCGACUUCAGCCAGGCCAUCGCCUGCAGUUCACUGUGGAAAUGUGUGCGGAUUCAUGCUCAAAGCUGACCACUUACCUCUCAACAGAUCAUCCUGCCUGACUUUGAUGAAAUAAAAUAGUGUCUUUGAGUGCA